AUGCUGUUUCUAUUGAAGACGGUUAUCACCGUCCUUGCGCUCCUCGCAACCUGCGUCCUGCUACCCCAACUUCCCCUGGCGGUCCUCCGCUUCGUCCUUCGUGGUGUCGGAUGGGCUAUCCAGAAAAGAACAAGGUCUCGUAGAGAGUACCUUCUCUCGCGAGUCCGGGCUGAAGAUGAGGAGGCUUCAUCUAAGCGAAGUAGAUCGUCCUCUGGAGCUCAGGGAGAGGAUGAGGAUUGGGAGAAGCUCGACUCGUCUAGUUCCGGUUCAGGUACACCUGGCAAUAACAAGGCCCCUGAGAGUGACGAUUGGGAUGGGAUUAUAGGGUUCUUUCAUCCAUUCUGUAACGCUGGGGGAGGGGGAGAACGGGUCCUUUGGGAAGCUGUAAGGGCAACGCAAAAGCGCUGGCCCAAAGCGAUUUGCGCCAUAUAUACAGGAGAUCACGAAGUCAACAAAACUGCCAUGCUGGAGAGAGUCCAGAAUCGUUUCAACAUUCAGCUCCACGCUCCAACAGUGGUAUUACUAUACCUUACUACCCGUAAAUAUGUCGUCAGCAGCAUGUAUCCUUAUAUGACUCUGCUGGGCCAGUCUUUGGGAUCUCUGAUUGUCGCCUACGAUGCAUUCAAUCUUCUGGUUCCAGACGUGUUCGUCGAUACCAUGGGCUAUGCUUUCACACUGGCCUUCUGCAAGAUGCUUUUCCCGUACGUCCCAACAGGUGCUUAUGUGCACUAUCCUACGAUAUCCACGGACAUGCUCCAGUCUUUAGAUGAUACAACCGGCGUGAAAGGAGUCAACGCUGGCGCCGGAAAGGGACUGAAGGGGCAGAUCAAGAGAAAGUACUGGCUUGCUUUCGCCCGUCUCUACGGCUGGGUUGGGGGCCAUGUGGACGUCGUGAUGUGCAAUUCCUCCUGGACAUCUGCGCAUAUUCGUACCAUUUGGGGCCCGUCUCGGCAGAAGCAAACUCACAAGGAGCCAACUGUUAUAUUCCCGCCUACGGCCGUUUCAGAGCUUCAAUCGACUAUUACAGUAAAUGCGGAGAGCGAGAAAACUAGGGAACCUAUCAUCCUAUACAUUGCGCAGUUCCGGCCUGAAAAGAACCACCCAUUGGUCUUGCGCUCGUUCGCACGCCUCCUUCAGGAGCGCAGCAAGAAUCUUACCUCAGCGUCGCAACCACAACCCAAACUCGUCCUCAUCGGCUCUGUCCGGCAUGCCAGUCCCGACGAAACCCACAUCUACAACCUCCGGCUGCUAGCGCACGAACUCCGCAUCCGCGAUCACACCACUUUCCUAUGUGACGCUAGCUGGCCCGCUAUCCUCUCCCACCUCGGUACAGCAUCGAUCGGCGUCAAUGGAAUGUGGAACGAGCACUUCGGCAUCUGCGUUGUGGAAUACCAAGCCGCCGGACUCAUCAGCGUGGUACAUGACUCUGGUGGCCCUCGCGAGGAUAUUGUCGUUGAUCUAGGUGAUGGUGCGACAGGCUUCCGCGCCUCAACGGAAGACCAGUUCGCCGCCGCAUUCGAGGCCGCGCUAGCUCUACCGGAACAGGAGAAAGUGGCGAUGCGCUUGCGUGCAAGGAAAUCCGCCCUGCGUUUUACGGAGGAGGAGUUCUCCCUCAAAUGGAUCAACGAGAUAGGGAAACUAGUCCAACUGCAAGCUCGGUGA